UCAAAUUUAUCGAUAACUUUGCAGAACUAUCGGACGCCGAAACCAAAACAAAAGCAAAAAACAAAUACAUUUUCAGCCGAAAAAUAAAAAAUAAGAAUAAACAUAAAUGGCUACCGAAGUGGAGCCCGCAAAUACGGCGGACAAGUUUUCCGCCAAUGCCGAGGAGCUGGAGAGCUAUUAUCUGAUGCUGGAGAACGGCAGCAUACCGGAAUUGCAGUGGCAGUUCCCCGGACGGAGGCCGCCAUCGCCGGACGUUGGUGGUGGCGUCGGGCCCAGCGCCGCCAGCAAGGAACUGGAGCAGACUGUUGGCGAAACCAUAGAACAGGAGCCCCAGAAGGCGCAGAACGACUUCGAUUUCAGCGACGAUGUGGCGCCCACACAAAUGCGAGUCCGGAGCCAGACCUCCACGCCCAAGUCGGCCAAGAAGAAGACCGCCAACUUUGCCGGCGUUAUGGAGACCCUGAAGAAGAAGAACGCCGAGAGCUCCUAGCAUAUGCUGAAGUUCUGAUGUAAUCCCACCAAGGGUACUUGGGAGUACAUCCGAUUCUAGCCGAAAUUCAUUUUAAAUUUUAAUUUUAAAUGUUAAAAAACAAGUAUUUAAAAGAAGAUCUAAAUGUUAAAUGGAUAUUUAGGUCAGCUUUUAAAUGUUUAUUUUUUUAGAAGAUUUUUUACUCUUUUUUUUCUUAAAAAAUUUUACUUUUCUACUCAUAUUUUCUGCAAUUGAUUAUUUUUUUGGAAUGUACAUUUAUUAGUUAAGAAUAUAAAUAGCAUAAGUAAUUAUUAAGAAGAGCUUUUAAUUUUAAUUAUAAUUUAAACAAAGUAAUAGCUAAGCUGUGCAAUUUAUAAUUUUUUUAAUAAGAUUUUCUUUGAAAUUAUGAACCAAAAAUUAAUUCAAAACUGUAUAAAAUAGUAUAGAAAAUUUUACAAAUUUUAGAUAUAAAAUUUAAGAGAUUAAACAUAAAUUUAAUAAUAAAUAAGAAAUAUAUUAGUUCUUACCUUUAAAACAAGAGAGAUGGAUGAUAAAAAUUUCCCCCUAAUGCCAUCUCUUUCGUUCUGGGAUAUUUAAAAAAAAAAAUGAAAAACUCAAUAAGCAAUUAAACACGUAAGAAAAUUGAUUUAUUUGCGGAAAUAUCCAUUUCAUUUAAGACGAAUAAUAAGUUAUUGUGCCAGCGGGUGUGUGUUGCUUUUGUAUACAGAAUUGUAUAUAGAAUAUAUAUAGUGAUACAGAGGUGUA